CAUUGACUUGUUUGCAACUGAAAGCAAAAUUGUCUCUAAAACUAACCAAAACUAAAUUCAAUUCAAAAUGCCUGAGUUUUCCGAGGAAGCCAAGGAUCGAUUAAUGAUUGUUCUCAACGUGGUCCAAAAGACAAUCCACUGGGGCUUUGUGCCUUUCGUCAUUUAUAUGGGCUUCCACAAGGGUGCAGAGAUCGGCAUGCCACCGCUAACCAUAAUCAACCUUUUUGCGUUUUAGAAACUGCAAGUUGCAGUCUCUAAACUCGAGAUGCUCGCAGAUAAAAAGCAGAAGCCCUUCAGCACACGUUAAAUUAAAC